CCGCGCCCCUCUCCUCGGUCACUUCCUGAUUCCCGCUUCCUGCUUCCCAGAGGCUGGGAUCCGGAGCCGCCCGAGGCCGGUGCUGCAGUCCCAGGCGCCCCCGACAUGUCCUUCCGAAAGGUGGUUCGGCAGAGCAAAUUCCGGCAUGUGUUCGGGCAGCCGGUCAAGAAUGACCAGUGUUAUGAAGACAUUCGAGUGUCCCGCGUCACCUGGGACAGCACCUUCUGCGCCGUCAACCCCAAGUUCCUGGCGGUGAUUGUGGAGGCCAGCGGCGGGGGCGCCUUCCUGGUGCUCCCCCUAAGCAAGACGGGCCGCAUUGACAAGGCCUACCCGACCGUGUGUGGGCACACGGGACCUGUCCUGGACAUCGACUGGUGUCCCCACAACGACGAAGUCAUUGCCAGUGGCUCCGAGGACUGCACGGUCAUGGUGUGGCAGAUCCCAGAGAACGGGCUGGUCUCGCCGCUGACAGAGCCGGUGGUGGUGCUGGAGGGGCACACCAAGCGCGUGGGCAUCGUUACCUGGCACCCGACGGCCCGCAACGUGCUGCUCAGCGCAGGCUGUGACAAUGUGGUGCUCAUCUGGAACGUGGGCACGGCGGAGGAGCUGUACCGCCUGGACAGCCUGCACCCCGACCUCAUCUACAACGUCAGCUGGAACCACAACGGCAGCCUCUUCUGCUCCGCCUGCAAGGACAAGAGCGUGCGCAUCAUCGACCCCCGCCGGGGCACCUUGGUGGCGGAGCGGGAGAAGGCUCACGAAGGGGCUCGGCCCAUGCGGGCCAUCUUUCUGGCUGACGGCAAGGUGUUCACCACAGGCUUCAGCCGCAUGAGCGAGCGGCAGCUGGCGCUCUGGGACCCGGCAAACCUCGAAGAACCCAUGGCGCUGCAGGAGCUGGACUCAAGCAACGGGGCCCUGCUGCCCUUCUAUGACCCUGACACCAGUGUGGUCUACGUGUGCGGCAAGGGCGACUCCAGCAUCCGGUACUUUGAGAUCACAGACGAGUCCCCCUACAUCCAUUUCCUGAACACGUUCACCAGCAAAGAGCCCCAGAGGGGCAUGGGCAGCAUGCCCAAGCGGGGCCUGGAGGUCAGCAAGUGUGAGAUCGCCCGGUUCUAUAAACUGCAUGAGCGCAAGUGUGAGCCCAUUGUCAUGACUGUGCCAAGAAAGUCGGACCUCUUCCAGGAUGAUCUGUACCCCGACACGGCAGGGCCCGAGGCGGCCCUGGAGGCGGAGGAGUGGGUGAGCGGGCGGGACGCAGACCCCAUCCUCAUCUCCCUGCGGGAGGCUUACGUGCCCAGCAAGCAUCGGGACCUGAAGGUCAGCCGGCGCAACGUGUUAUCUGACAGCCGGCCUGCCGCGGCCCCUGGCUCCACUCGCCCAGGGGCGUCCACACCUGCAGCCUCCACCAAUACAGCCGCCCCCAGCAGCAGCCUCGCCGGAGCUGGGGAGGCUGGUAAGCUGGAGGAGGUGAUGCAGGAGCUGCGGGCACUCAGAGCACUGGUCAAGGAGCAAGGGGAGCGGAUUGGCCGCCUGGAGGAGCAGCUGGGUCGCAUGGAGAAUGGGGACGCAUAGGACCACAGGCCACAGGCCCAACGGAUGCCAUUCCCACCUCACCUCCUCCUCCUCCUCUACCCCCUCCUCACUCAGCCUCUGCUAUCAGGUCACACUGCUGGCUGGCUGUCCCCUGUCCCCUGCCCCCUGCUGAGGGUCUCUGGGGCAGGUUCAAGGGCCAGUCCACACCCUGACCCAUCCUGUGGCCCAGGAUGGAGCUGCCUGGCUUUUGUCAUUGUUACUGUGGAGGAUUUUUGUACCAACACAAGCUUAUAUUCUGAGGGACCAUCUCCCCACUCCUGCCCAUUCCCCGCUCCCUCCUUGGAGGAGUAGGAGGGAUGGGCUCUAUAUUUUCAUUCCAAAUAAAAUUCUCUUUCUAAAA